AUGAGUGGGAGCUGUUACUGUCAUGUGCAACGCAUCGGCAUUCACGUGCAGCCGAGGCUUAGAGUGCACGGACCUUCAGCCCACAUUACUGUACGCUUGGGAGACGAGGGAGAAGACUCGAGGCAACAAUGUGGAUGCACUUCUGCUCGGCGAAAGUUCUCCCUUGAUCAGCCCUGGAGCUCGCUUAUCUACAACCGCAAGAAGCGUGCUCGUGAUGCGUUGGGAGGAGAUAGGCUUGCGAGACGAAAAGCGAGCGUGCUGCUGCGGCUUAUGGCUUCUGCCUCUGCCUCUGCCUCUGGUACUGCGGCCAGACGUCAACUCAUGACCUUGAUGGCAGCCUUCGCCUUGGUGUUAUAG